GUGACGGAAGGGUAUGUCUAUAACGUGCUCUGGUUAAUCGAAUACAAGCCUAUAUUUGAAGAACCGAUGUUGCAGCUGGUUUUGCAGAGAUUCUUAUUACUAGAUGUUAACGCUCCAAGAGAAGAAAUUGGCGCAGAAACAGAUGACGAAGAUGACGAAGAUGACAAUGUGGACGCAGAUAGAGUUUUUCAAAAGGACGAUGUAUCCAGCUAUACUAAGACUGAAAAAACUGUUAAACAUCCUGUCGGCAAAACCUUGGAUAUUUGCCUAUUCAUGCUGUAUAGGUUUAUUGACGAAAAAUGUCGCAUUCACAAAAACAGUACCGGCGAACAGCGCUCGACUGCUAAACGCAUAUUUAAUCUAUUACUACAUAUAUUCGAUGAUACUCUGAUACCCAGCUACAAUACCCAUCAUGUGCAGUUUGUCCUAUUUUAUGUGACUAGUAUUCGUGUUGCAUAUUCUGAGGCUUUUCUUGAUUUGCUUUGGCAGAAGGUACAAAAUCCCCAAAUUUCGCCGAUUAUUGGACAUGCUGCGGUGGGAUACAUGACUAGCUUUUUAUCUCGCGCCAGAUUUUUGCCACUAAGGUAA